AUGUGUCACUGGAGUGACAUGGAUUGGUUACCAGAGGUGCUUGCGAUGGACACUGCGACUGGGCAAAAUGUCAUGCCUCUGCGCUGUUGGAGUAUGCCGGAUUCAUCAGUGAUUCUGACGAGAACCCAAGAAUUCGCAGGCUUCCUUCGCGAGGAGAAGCAGUUUGCCAAACCGCUGGUAAGGUAUGCAGCACUUCGCCAGAACUGCGACCAUUUACGGCCAAUUCAACUUGGCAUUUCUGUCGCAGAUGCUGACGGCAGACUGCGCGGGACUUGGUGCUUCAACCUUCUCUUCAAUGUUUGGACAGACCUCUACUCGGAGGCCUCGAUGAAUUUCUUGGCCGCCGCGGGCUUGGACUUCACCCGGCACGCUGAGGAGGGCAUCGAGCCGGUGCGGAUGCCCCGGGGUCAUGGUGAGGACGGAGCCAUUUAA